ACGACGGCAUCGAAAGUGAUAGAAACCAUUGUGAUGAUCGUGAUCAUGAUCAUAACGACUGUCGGCAACGUGUGUCUCUGGGUGGUCGUGCUGAGGUCAAGGGCCCUGAGGACUUUGACCAGCAUGUUCAUCCUUGGAUUGUCCACUGCAGAUAUCCUCGUGGGCGUGGUGAACAUGCCCAUCACGGUCUACACAAUUAUAAAGGGUCGCUGGGAGUUUUCGCACAGCGCGUGUGUAGUCUUUGGCUUCCUGAACAUGAUCACCUUGGUUACCAGCGUCCUGUCGCUUUGCAACAUUUCUAUAAAUAGAUAUGUCAUGGUGUGUUAUCCACAGAUGUUCAAGCAUAUUUACACGGUCAAAAACGCUGUUUCCAUGGUAAUAGGUGUUGUUAUAUUUUCGAUUCUACUCUCCCUGCCGCCUCUGAUUGGUUGGUCUGAAUAUGUAUACACGCCCUCGCAUUCGUUCUGUUUCGCUGAUUGGCAGAACCACAUGUCCUACGCGUUCUUCAUGAUUGGGUGUUGCUUCGGGAUUCCUUUUACAGUCAUGUCAGUUUGCAAUGUGUUCAUUUUGAGAACCGUGAGCGCAAGCAGACUUCGAGUUAAAACCUCGUCAGAGCCUCAACAAUCACCUGCAUCAAUUAAGACUUCAAUUAAUCGAUUAACGAUUGGAAUAAAUAGUGAACAGCUACCUACUGAACACACCCGUGUGACGUUUAAAUCAUUAUCUUUACAUAUGUCUAGAAUAGAGAGGAAGAUCAAAAUCGAACCACUUGUAACUGACAUAAACAAAGUUCCCAAUAAUAAUAGUACACAUUCAAAAAGUGAACUACAAAAUGACUUUCAUUUUUUUGCAAACACAAUAUCUGUCAUAGAUAUAGAAUCAUUGCCCUCUUCUACUUUAAGCACAGAGCCUUUAAAAACUUCAUCAACAGUCAGCUCAACAAAGGUUCGAAUGACAUCAAAAAUCGUUCACACGAAAGUUGGUCAUUCCACAACCACCUUACACACACCAUCUUCUCAGUCAAUGAAAUCGUCGUUAACGCGUCAACAACGUAGUCGAUUCCUUCAUCCAGACUGGAAACCUGCGUCAGAAAACACACCGCCAGGAAGAGGUUCACCUGUAACAGCAAUUUCACUAGACCCAUCAUCGGACGUAUCGUUUGUCCAACCUUUGAACUCAGAAACAGAAUUCAACGCUCAGGGACCUGUUUAUGAUAAGCAAAUGAGCAAGCCAAAGGGGCAAGAGACGCCGCCCUUAAAACGGCGAGAAGAGAUACUAUUAUUGUUGUUGUGGUAUUUGUAAUAUGUUGGCUACCCUAUUGUAUAAGUAUGCUACUUUCAAUAUUUCACUCGGGACAUGUGCCAAGAGAAUUCCAUAUGUUUACAAUAAUAAUAGGAUAUACAAAUAGUUGUUGC